AUGUUUUGGUCAACUUUAGCUUACACCAGCAUUACGGCCGGGGAGGUGACGAAGGCCUUCCAGCAAUACCAGGCUACCAAGCGGAAGAAUUUGUGGUCUGAGCGCGAGUGCGAACGGGCCCUCCGAGAUGUGAGGCUAACGAUGAUCAACACCGUCAGGGAAGAGCUGAGAGACCAGGUCACUGUCGUCUCCUCGAGCUUGCAGAGCAUGAUGGUGCAAACGUCCUUGGUCCUCAUCGUCGGCUUCGGCUCCGUCUGUGAGGGUACCUUUCCUGAUGCGGAGGUCGGCGCAACCGAUUAUCCAGGACUAGAGCAGUUCUUCCUGGAGGUGUACGCCUUCUUCGCCGGCUUGACCCUCGUCCUUCCACUGGGAUCACUGCUCCUUACCUUUGCGAUCUCGCGAGAGGCCGGCUCUGUGCUGACGCCUACGACUGCUGCCUUUACUGCCCAAAGCUACGACUGCGUCUGCUGCAACAGAUACCACUCCACUGCCACCACCUCCUUCACCACCACUACCACCACCGCUGGCACUACCACCACCACCACCACCACCACCACCACCACCACCACUGCCAGUCACUACCACUGA